AUGGCUACACAGGAACGCAGGCUCCCUUUCGGGAAGAUCGAACCCAAUUCCAUGAAGUACUUCCUCAGCUGUGGCUUUGGUGGAAUUAUUGCUUGUGGGCCAACCCACACAGCUGUCACACCCCUCGAUCUCGUGAAAUGCCGUCGUCAGGUUGACCCAAAGAUCUACACCUCCAACCUCCAAGCAUGGCGUACAAUUAUGUCCAAGGAAGGCCUGCGCGGCAUCUUCUUCGGCUGGUCCCCAACAUUCUUGGGCUACUCUUUCCAAGGUGCCGGUAAAUACGGGUUAUACGAGUACUUCAAGAACCUGUAUGGAAACCAGAUGUUCCCAGACUCGAACCGCACCCUGGUCUUCCUCGGAGCUAGUGCCUCUGCUGAGUUCUUCGCCGAUAUGGCUCUGUGUCCGAUGGAGGCCAUCAAAGUCCGCAUGCAGACCACCCUGCCGCCGUUUGCUUCCACUAUGCGCGAGGGCUGGAGCAAGAUUGUCGCCAAAGAAGGCUUCAGCGGUCUGUACAAGGGACUUUACCCCUUGUGGGCACGACAGAUCCCUUAUACUAUGACCAAGUUUGCCACUUUUGAGGAGACCGUCAAGUUCAUCUACCAGACCAUGGGUAAGCCCAAGGAAGAAUAUGGCCAAUUGACCCAGACCGGUGUCAGCUUCUUGGGUGGUUAUAUUGCUGGAAUCUUCUGUGCCAUUGUCAGCCAUCCGGCCGAUGUCAUGGUCAGCAAAUUGAACGCUGAUCGUAAAGCUGGUGAAGGUGCGAUGACUGCUGUGUCCCGGAUCUACGGAAACAUUGGUUUCUCUGGUCUGUGGAAUGGUCUUCCUGUCCGUAUUGUGAUGCUGGGCACCCUGACCGGUUUCCAAUGGCUCAUUUAUGACUCUUUCAAGGUAUUCCUUGGUCUUCCCACCACUGGAGGCCACUAG